ACACAUAAAAUACAGUCUAAAACUUCUUGACUUCUAACUUCCAUCAUACAAAAUGAUAGACUCAGACUUUAGGACGAAUCCACGACAUGCAGGACCUAAAGAGCAUUUAACAAUUGUCAUAAAGCUCGGUACAAGUUCUAUAGUAAACGACGAUGCAACCCAUCUUCCAAAAAUAGCACUCUUAUCGAGUAUCGUUGAGACUGCAGUAAGUUUGAUAAGGGCCGGUCACAGGGUUGUCAUUGUAUCUUCCGGUGCUAUUGGCGUUGGUUUAAAGAGAAUGGAUAUGGCUAGACGUCCAAAGGGAUUAGCGAAGAAACAGGCCCUAGCAGCUAUUGGUCAAGGAAGACUUAUUGCAUUAUGGGAUAACCUCUUUUCACAGUUAUCACAACCAAUUUCGCAGAUAUUGCUUACCAGGGGUGACAUAUCGGAUCGCACGCGAUAUCUUAACGCUGUAAAUACCUUCUCUGAGUUGCUCGAUAUGGGCGUAGUACCGAUCGUCAAUGAAAACGACACGAUAAGCGUCUCCGAAAUAAAGUUCGGUGAUAACGACACACUAUCAGCAAUCACAGCUGCGAUGGUACACGCCGAUUACCUCUUUUUAAUGACAGACGUUGAUUGUCUAUACACAGAUAACCCACGCAAGAACCCCGACGCGAGACCAAUUAGCGUUGUCAAUGAUAUAGCUGAGAUACGUAAGACUGUAUCAACUUCAACAAUGGGUAGCUCUCUCGGUACUGGUGGAAUGGAAACCAAGAUUAUUGCAGCAGAGUUAGCAACAGGUGCGGGUGUCACAACUGUAGUUUGUCAUGGCGCACACCCAGAGCGUAUAUUUGACAUUAUCACUGCACCAGGUGGUGAAGAAGGUGGAUCAUUGGCUGCUCCCCCACACACAGCUUUCCUUGCAAAGAGAAACCCGUUGCGUGAUCGUAAGUGGUGGAUCCUUAAUGGUUUGCAUCCAGCGGGUGAGAUAGUAGUUGAUUUAGGUGCAGCAAAAGCACUGAUAAAAGGUGGCGGUAGACUUCUACCAGCUGGUGUCGUAGCUGUUAAAGGCGCUUUUGCAAUUGGCCAAGCCGUUAGUAUAACUAUUGCUAAUCAAACUGAGAAGAAUUCUUUCCCAAGUAUAUCCCCAUUGUCACUAGCUGCUAUCAAAAUGAGCGAUGAGAGUUAUCCACCAACGCCAAACCUUGCUCCCCAGAAUAUUAGCAGUAGUGUCUCAUCACUUGAAACAAGCAUUGCUGGUGGAUUCACGACUGUUGAUUCGACGGAGAAUUUGGAAUUUGGCAGAGGAUUGGCUAAUUACAAUUCAACAGACAUAGAUCGUGUUAAAGGGCAUAAAAGUUCGUUGAUAGCAGACAUACUAGGAUUUGCAGAUUCUGAGCACGUUGUUGAACAAAUAGUAAUCAAAUACAAUCCAUUCCAAACGUCUACAUCUUAAUAAUUUCGAGAUACUUAUAAUUAUAAUAUUAAAUAUAUAAUAAAUGCAUUAGAUUAUAAAAA